CUACAAGCUCCUCCAUGUUCUCUUGACGAUAGAAAAAAAGAUCCCCUUCUUGAGCCUUUUUCCCCAAAGCCAACUAUCCAUCUCUACGACCCGUGGCGUCUCUCCUGCAAAGCUCUUGCAAUGGUAUUUCCUUAACGUCAACCCUCUUUCCUACCCUUGUUCUAACUUCUUCUUCCAUUCUUUAGCGGCCAAUGGCUGGCUGUACAUGAGCUUUAAUUUCGCGUACCAUUAAUUCAUCCUUCUGAACCAGUCACCUACAAUGCCUCCUUCUCCUAGCCCCCGCAAUGCCAGGUCAAAACCGCCUACUACCGAAGCCCAAAAGAUCGCGGCUGAAUGGGCUAAGGCGAAACGGAUAAAAGACGCCGAGGAUGCGGUAAAGAGUGCUGCGAAACCUUCCGACGCCGACGAAGCGCGACGUGCCUUGCUCGAGCGCCGUCGCAAAUCAGCCUUCGAAAGUCGCUGUUCUUGGACUGUUGGUUUCUGGAUAUGGCUCCUCUUUAUGCACGUGGUUGGAAUCGUUCUCUUCACCAGCGGUUUUCUUUUGACGCGACUUGUCCUAGACGAGCGUUCCGAAUGCGCGGUCCCACCAACCGAGCCGUUGAUACAAUGGGAGGGGAGUGGCACGAUUGAUGGUGGUUGCUGGCAUCCUAAAACAUUCAAUAAAGCCGUGGUUGUCAUCAUUGAUGCUCUGCGAUAUGACUUCACAGUACCUACCGAGGAUAGCGAAGCCGAAGUCUAUCACAAUGCGUUUCCUUUCCUUCAUCAGUCGGCCGUUGAAUCGCCUAAUAACGCCUUCUUACUACCUUUUAUUGCCGAUCCGCCGACAAGCACUCUACAGCGAUUAAAAGGGUUAACGACCGGAACGUUGCCCACAUUCAUUGAUCUCGGUUCGAACUUCGCUGGAACAGCCAUUGAAGAAGACAAUAUUCUGAUGCAACUUCGGGAACAUGGCAAACGCAUCGUUCAUUUGGGCGAUGACACGUGGACCGCUUUAUUUCCCGACUAUUUUCAGCCCAAUCUAAGCAAGGCUUACGACAGUUUCAAUGUAUGGGACUUGCACACAGUUGAUAACGGGGUUUUGGAUCACAUAUUUCCACUCAUGGAGCCCGAGUUCAGAGGCGACUGGGAUAUCGCUAUAGGCCAUCUCCUUGGCGUGGACCAUGCUGGCCAUCGAUAUGGCCCAAAUCAUCCUGCAAUGACCGCUAAGCUUCAACAGAUGAACACCUUCAUUAGUCAACUUACCCAGAGCAUUGACGAGGAUACUCUACUGGUAGUGAUGGGUGACCAUGGAAUGGAUGGAAAGGGUGACCACGGCGGUGAAAGCGAUGAUGAAGUAGAAGCCGCCCUAUGGAUGUACUCGAAACGGCCUGUCUUUGGUCGAACUCAACCCGAUUUCGCCACACCACCAGCAACAGCCAAAAUUCGGCCUGUGAAUCAGAUUGAUUUGGUACCGACCUUGGCUCUUCUUCUAGGAAUUCCGAUUCCGUUUAAUAAUCUUGGCCGACCAAUUGAAGAAGCCUUCGCAGGUCCUAAAGGCAAUGCCUGGGAUCAUCUUGCUGCAGCCUCUAGCGUAACAUCAGCUGGGAUCAAACGAUAUCAGGCAUCAUACUUCACAGCUCGUGGACUGCAGCAAAGUUCUACUCCAGGCUCACCGGCAUCACUCUGGACAGAUGCAGAAGAUCUUAUUAAUGAAUCUACAAAAUCAAAGAACUGGGCCGCUCUUUAUGCCGCCUAUACCGCCUACCAACGGGAAACACUAAAAAUUUGCAAGGAUCUCUGGGCUCGUUUCAAUGUGCCAAACAUGAUCUUAGGAAUCGUAGUGAUGACUUUCAGCGUGGUAGUCUUGCUACUAUAUGUGUCGCGAGAUGAGGAUGAAGACUUUGCCGUUCUCGAUGACGUCGAGUUGGAUCUUGCAGAAAAGACCUUAGAGUUACAAGGUGUCUCAGUCGACGCAGACGCUGCAUCUUACAAGACAUUGACUAAAGCUCUAGUAAAAUCGGGGGGGUUGAGUGGGAUAGUUGUCGGGCUUGUGAGUUCAGCUGCUGUCGUUGUCACUGGCUCAGAAGAAUGGCUCCGGGCCGGUGCUGCCACUGCUAUCGGAAGUAUGGCCUCAGUGGCGAUCACCUUACUCUCUUCUGGUGGCAAGAAUGUUUUCAGCUUGCUCCCAGACAACUUCUGGGGUUGGCUGUCGAUCAUUUUCACAGCAAGUCAGUCUAUUGGAUUUGCCUCUAAUUCAUACACUAUCUGGGAAGACUCCAUUUCCUUAUUUUUCCUCGCAACAUUUGGGGUUGCUAGUGCUAUGGCUGCACUCCGGCGACCAACCCUACGAGAACAGAGUCUAGGGGUCUACCAUUCAUUAUUGUUUGUCGUCCUGAGUCGAGUAGCAUCCUUCUCCAAGCUUUGCAGAGAGGAGCAAAUGCCUUAUUGCAAGUCAACCUAUUACGCCUCUGCAAACUCCUCUACAUCGGCGCCCUGGCAAUUAGUAGUCCCUUUCGCCGUGUUUCUCCUCCUUCCCUCUAUUAUCCAGUCGUAUUUACAAACAUCCAAGUCUUAUGAAGGGCUUGCGCCCGUGUGGAUUGGAUAUGUGUUCCGCGGUACCCUACUGCUCUCCGCUGGCUAUUGGACUCUGGAUGCUGCUAGCAAUAGUAACUGGCUUACAUCCAUCUCGGAAACGGCCUUUAAAACGAUCCACGUGUCGAUCGCACAAGUUGUGCUGGCGCUGGCGCUGGUAGCUGGCUCAACAGCCUUUAUAUGGGCUCCACCCUGUGUUUCUAUUAUCACAACUUCUGCCAACAAACGUACAGCUCAGGUCACGGUGCUCGGAUAUGGCAAUGCAAACGGUGCUCGAUAUCUCUUCCUACCAAUCAACAUCGCAUGCGCUUGUAUACUCCUCACAAAACCCAUGGGAAGCGGCGCUAUCGCCAUUAUGCUGUGGCAAGUACUUGCUCUUGCCGAGAUAUUGGAUAUCAACGGCAUCGCAGCCGAGACCAUCGGCCCAGUGACUCUGGCUCUUCUCGGCAAUUACCAUUACUUCAAGACGGGUCACCAGGCAGUCCUCUCCUCCAUUCAAUGGGACGCCGCCUUCAUUCCCGUUCUCACCGUUCGCUACCCUUGGAGUGCCAUGGCCGUCGCGCUCAACCACUUCGCCGGUCAGAUACUAGCAUGCGUCGCAGUUCCACUAUUAGUGAUAUGGAAAACGUCUCCGAAGCGGAAGGGGGUUCUCGAGAGCGUCAGCCGCGCCCUCGGCAUCUUCGUCGCAUACUAUGCCGUGGAAAGUCUGGCCACGAUGGCUUGGGCCGGACACCUCCGGCGUCACCUCAUGCUGUACCGCGUCUUCAGCCCGCGAUUCAUGAUGGCUGCUGCUGUCCUCUUGAUUGUGGACCUUGUGGGUGUUGCGGUUACGCUGUUAGGUGUUCGGACGAACGUGCUCGCUAUAAGCGAUGUUUUUGGGUUUGCGGAUUAGACGCAAGGAUAGAUUUUACGUGGUGUAUAUAGGAUGGCUAUUACAUCCUCUCCAUUUUGGGAAGCUGGAAUUAGACAAUAGGUGUGGUCGAGAGUGGCUCCGUACGUCAACAUCUGUACUGUCUUGACAUUGGCCAGUUUUUUAGGAUCACUAGGAAGGCAGAGCUUGACGAAGAUGCUAUACUCGCCAGAUAUAACACUGGGUAUAACAAGGGCAGGACUACUAGGCUUGGAAUCUAGGCAAUUCAGAUUAUAAUAAACAACUAGGGCUGCAUAAGUCCUUGACCAACCAACUCCUUCUUGACUGUUGGUGGCUUGACUCGACUCUAUAUACAACUGGUC